GUUUUAUUCGUUAAAAGCGCUAGUAAAAGAAAAAUAGAAGCCUGAGGACCAAGGAAGGCAACUAAUAAAUCGUAAUAAGCAUAUUAAGAGAGUAUAAUAUAUUUGGAUUCUCUUACAUCUAGUUUCAAAAUUCCAUGUAAACACCCUGAAAAUUUCAAAUCAAUCCGACGGUUAUUUUUUAGGUUACAUGCAUAAUUGUAACGAUGCGUCAGAGCAUUUGAAAAUAGCACGCCGGACUUUAAUCUUCUUUUUCUCAAAACUGUGUUUUGAAAGUCGGUGACCAAGAUUUCUCAGAAUGGUUGAACCGAUUAGUCUCAAAGUUUUAAACAGGCUUCUAAACUACAUUUUCUAGUACUUAAUCGAAGCUUUUUAUUACCGAUACAAUUUUUUUUGUUUUAUGUAUACAUCAACUUUUAUUUUUAGAAAUAAAAAAAUAUUCAAUAAUCUUUAAAGUUACCAUAAUACGUGUACAAAUUCUUAGAAUAAAAAAUUUAGAAGUUUUCUAAUUUUUUAGGGCUUCUAACUAGAUGUAACCCGCAAAAUGAUUGCUCAUGGUGUUGCAAUGGUGUUUAUCACAUUGCUUCAUUAAUUUAUUUAAAUCCAUUAUAUAGUAAAAUAAUUGUGCUUCUCUCAAAAAGGGAAAAAGUUCAAUUGGUUUUAGGUCCUAGAACUUUAAACACAAUUUCUCGUGCUAACGUGCAAUAACACUUUAAUAAAAAAACUCUUAAAAAACUCUAAAAACGUACAAUUUAGCUCUUAUAUACAGAACAUGAAAACCAGUGUUCUUUUAAGUCGGUGCUUUUGAGGAAAUACCAGAAAAUUGAUAAAAAAUAUUUAUUUUAUUUAUUUCCAACUGGGUAUGAGCGUGAUGAUAAGUAUACACCUACAACAAUAAUAAACCCGCCUAUAUGUAUAUUACUGUUUUUGAACAAUCAAAACACCCACAAAUUGCCAUUGCUGAGGAUUUAAUAUUAGUGUCGCAAUUAUCAUUCUCAAAUGCACUCGGAGCGUAGCAUUUAUAACAGAAUUGAAAGCAUAAAUUCAAAGGUGUUUAACUUAACAAGUGUAUGAACAGUUUAUAGAAGAAGUGAGACAGACGUGUAAAAAUGCUUAGUCGGAAUAAGUUACGUGAAAUUUUGUCGAAGCAUCAACAGGCUUUCCAGGGAAGCAAAGUUAUACCGCCAAAAACUCCAAAUGAAAGGACCAAAACUGCAAAUCCGGGAAAGCCGAGUAAGAAAAUAUUUCUGGAGAAUAUAGAGGAUAGUGAUGCAGUGAACCCUAAUGGACUGAUCGAACGGCGUACGCCAAUUGAGUAUUUCACGUAUAAGGAAAAUGAUUUUCAUUACAAAAAGCCGACCGAGCAUACUGAUUACAGCAAACUGGACAUCUUUCAUCGCGCAGUUAGCCCAAUCCUUAUUAUAGGUCAGUGUUUCUCAUUAAUGCCGGUUCAAGGGGUAGGACAGCCGAACCCGCGUAACGUCAGAUUUUCUUUCAAAACCUUGCGGGUGCUGAUCACUAUGGUAUUUUUAAUUGCGAGCUCUGCACUAAAUCUGGCGAUGAUGAGGCAUUUGGCCAGAAUUGGUGUAAAUGCGAAAAAUUUAGUUGGCGUGGUAUUUUUUACAUGCGUACAAUCAUCGACGAUACUGUUCCUUUCGCUAGCACAACGUUGGCCCCGGCUUAUUCGGUUUUGGACACGCACUGAAAUGAUCUUCAUAAGUAAGCCGUAUGAAAUGCCCAAACGUAAUUUAUCUACACGCGUCCGUCGAGCUGCGGUCACAAUCAUUUUCCUCUCAGCAGUGGAACAUUUGUUGUAUCUGGCGUCAGCUGUAGUCUCGCAAUAUCGCAGAGCGAAUCUCUGUGCCGCUUUGCAGAACAGCACAGUUCAUUUUACAUUCAAAGAUUUCACCUACAAGAAUUAUGACUAUGUGUACCAGCUCUUCCCCAACACAACACUGGUUGGCAGUCUGAUUUUGGUGGUGAAUUUCAUAUGCACUUUCGUUUGGAACUACAUGGAUCUCUUCAUAAUGAUGAUCGGUAAAGGCAUCGCUUACCGCUUCGAGCAAAUGAAGAUGCGUAUAAACAACUUGCUGGAUAAGGAAGUGCCUGAGACGAUUUUUAUGGAGAUAAGAGAUCACUACGUGAAAUUAUUGGAAUUGCUCGAAUACGUCGAUGAGGAUUUAUCAGGAAUUAUUUUGCUCUCUUGUGCUAAUAACCUAUAUUUCGUUUGCUAUCAAUUGCUGAAUAUUUUCAAUAAAUUGCGUUGGCCAAUUAAUUACGUGUACUUUUGGUUUUCGCUACUCUUCUUAAUCGGUCGGACGGCUUUCGUUUUCCUAACAGCAGCAUCCAUCAAUGACGAGGCAAAAGACGCUUUGGGUGUACUUAGGCGUGUGUCGGCGAAAACCUGGUGUGUUGAGGUGGAACGUUUAAUUUUUCAAAUGGCAACUACGACGGUGGCCUUAUCUGGGAAGAAAUUCUAUUUUUUAACCAGGCGUUUACUUUUCGGGAUGGCAGGCACCAUUGUCACCUACGAAUUGGUUUUGCUGCAAUUCGAUGAACCCAACCGUUCCAAAGGUCUACCACAGCUAUGUGCUUAGAGCUUUAAGCACUUGCUGAGCGAUAUGACAACAAGGCACGCCCAUUACAAGGAAAUUUGAAGUAAACAUGCAAACACAUACACACAAACAACCACACACAACCGUCAUCCCUACAUGUCACCUGUGCUUGCAUCGAGUAGAUUUUCUGGUUCAAGUUUUAUUAUAUCCGCUUGUGGUACCUAAGCGAGGAAUGGUGAACCCCUUCUACUAUAGUAUCCGUAUGAGUCUCGUAGCCCUUUUGCGGAGCAUUGUCCUUGUUGCUAUAGAAGUUGCUGCUGGUGAUUUUGUUGUCAUGUUUAUCUGCGAUUGUCACACGAUUUAAUUAGCAACAUGGCAAGCAACGCCUCUGAGCAAUUGCAACCGCAUUCACACAUGCGGACCGAAUAUUAAUGCAAGGACAAAACUACAAGUGUACACAUGCAUGUAUAAAUAUAUCUGUAUUUAUGCAUACGUAUAAGUUAUAAGCCAAGCAUGCAUACAAAUCCACACACCGACGAGUUGAUUAGAGAAGAGGGAGGGGAGAGUAAUCAUAUUAACUGGAGUGCAUGCAAAGUCGGCCAAAGGACCCUUCAAAGUGUUUACCUCAGUUUUGGCUUUUCAUUCACGGUAAAUUGUGAAAUUUUUAAACAAAAGAAAAUAUAAAUAAAUAAAUAACUCACUUACAUACUCAUAUAUCUUGUGUU